AUGGAGAACGAGUUUCCUAGACGUCUGUUUGCUGCAGGAAAUGAGCCAGAAGUGGAUAAGAUAAACAACAGUUGCAGAAUGUCAAUUCUGACCAAAAUAAAGGCUGCCAUGCCAGAAGAGUACAAUGAACUGAAGAAUGAUUCUGUCUUUGCCAAUAUAAUAGCACUGCAUGAAAACAAUUUGGGAUAUUCAGCUCGACUGAUACAUAGCAUGAUGUGUAGGCAAUUGAUUACAGAGAAAAAAUAUGAGAUAUGGUGUGUGUUUGGAGGGAGGCCAUUGCGAUUUUCACUUCAAGAGUUUUAUGCAGUAACAGGACUCAAAUAUAAAGAUGAGGAUGGGAUCAGGGAUUCAGAGGAAUGGAAAGAUGAUAAUGGAUUUUGGAGCAAACUGCUGAAACGCAAGGACAAAAUUUCCAUCAAGAUGUUGCUUGACAAUCAUCUUCCACGUGUUAAGGUGUGGAAUAAUAUAGACAGAAUCAGAUUUGUGUAUGUCUGUGUAAUUGCAGGAUUGGUAUUGGCAAAGCAUGAAACAAAAGAAAUCCCACACAAAUACAUUAAGCUGGCAAUGGAUAUUGGUAAAGUUCAGUCUUAUCCAUGGGGUCUUGACGCUUUUGAGUUGCUGGCUGACUCCAUCAUAGAGGAUGUUAUUUAUCCGUACAUCUCUUUUUCUGGAAGUUUGGAUUUGUGUGAGUCUUCUGAUUUUGCAUGGCCUAAAGAAACUAGAGAUGCUACGGUUGAUUAUCUGAAAGCAGUAAUCCAAUCGGGGAACGGUUUAGAAAACCAUGUUUGGGGCAGUGUGGAAACAGUAGAAACCAUUAAAAAUGCAUUUGAGGAAGGAGUAGAGAACAAGGAGAAACUCGAAAAUGGGGAACCAAUUACUGAUGACAUUCCAGUUUCUGGUUCUAAGAGGGCUAAGAGAAAGAUUUUUGAUGAGGGAGCCAUCAAACGAAAACAGAAAAUACUUUGCCAACGAGUAGGAGAAAAUCAUGGAGGUUUUAAUGAAGAUUUGAAGUCUUUCAUUCAAGGUUUCUUUAAGGGUGUUGAUGAGUGGUUGCUGAACCUAGAGAAUAGUUUUAAAGAGCGGUUAAUGAACUUAGAGAAUAGUGUUUCACAAAUUAAAGAGUCACUCUCUACAGUUGGAACUAAAAGAACCACAGAGAGAUUCCAAGCUUCAAAAGUCUCCACUUUCUCAAAUUCUCAAAAAAAAGCGAGGGUAAGUAUUGAGGAUGAGGUUUUUCCAAGUCAAACAUCGAAGAAGAAAGAACCUACUCAUUGUUUUCCAAACGUAGAAGAUAUACUUUUGAGUCAGCCAUUCGAUCUAAACCGCACUUUGGAUAGACAUGAUUCUCUACAAGAAACAAUGGGACACCUAUCUCAAGAUACUCAUGUAACCGGGUUCGAUGCUACCCAAGGAAGAAAUUAUGGCCCGAACUCAAAGAUACCAUUAUUGGAAGAUGAGCAUUGGUUGCAACCACUUAAUAGUGGACGAUCAACAUAUCAUCCUCUUUCUUUUGACAGUGAACCUAAUAUCACCAGAAAUGACUAUGGAGCAGACUAUCCAUUGUUGCAUGUUUCUGAAGAUUGUUGGUCCCGUUUGAUAGAUUGGUCUAGUGGAGAAGAAGAAAAAAAAAACCGGAAGCUACAGCUUGGCCCAACUGUUCUUAGGUUUAAGUUACUGGAUCGUAUACUUGCGCGGCAUAAAUCAUGGUUUCGAACUGAGGAUAUGGAUGCGAUGAUGUACAUAUUCCGGGAGAGGACAACUUUGGGUCGAUUGAAAGACGCUCGUGCAGGUUUCAUGAACUGUAUGUUCGGCAUGCAAAUCGCAAAUGAAUACAACAAGUUUUUGGAAAAUAAACGACAAUAUCAACUGCCGAGGUUUCUCCUAGCUUACGGAACCGGUGAGCUUCCUUCGCAUGGAAGAACCAGAAAAAGAUGGGCACUUGACCUAGACCGUAUCUACACCCUGUUAAACAUUGGAGAUUGUCACUGGAUUUCGUUGUGCAUAAGCUUCAGUCAAAGAACAAUUCAUGUCUUUGACUGUUCAGGUGUGGACAACAGAAAAAACGUGGAGGCCUUUAAAUUCCUCAUUCCUCGUAUCGUCAAGGCAGUUCAACCAGGUGCAGAUGCUAAACUACUAACUCUGACUCCAUAUUCUAUCAUCAACGCUCCAGUGAAACCCGGACUUAAUAAGUCUAAAAAAGAUUGUGGAGCGUAUGCGCUCAAGUUUAUUGAGUGUCAGGUGCUUGGAUUGGACUUGUCGUUAAUAAAUGAUAGCAACAUUAGAGAGGCAAGGAUGAAAAUUGCUAGUGAUCUAUGUGAAGCUGCAACUGACCCUAUUCUACAAGAGCGAAUGUUGCAGUACAAGCCUUCACAAUUUGACGAUAUCAUACCUGUGGAGAUCGAUUGA